AUGGAGAAUUACCUGCGUGUCUGGCGACAGCAGGCGAAAGUUCGUGGCCAGUAUGAUGCCGCCGUAUUCAUUGGAGACAAAGUCCUUGCGUUGACAAACAGUGACGAAGAUGCCCUUUGGCUGGCCGAAGUACAUUUUUCGAACAACAACUACACGCGAGCUCUUGCCAUCCUCUCCCGUCAAGACCUCAUAUCGCGGAGCACCGCCUGCCGCUAUCUUGCCGCGCAUUGCUACAUCAAACAAGGCCAGUACGAGCAGGCCCUGACCGUGCUAGGCGACCAGAACCCAACCCAUCUAAUCCGCAGCAACAAAAGCCGCCGCAAAAUUCAGCACCUCAAUGGGCAUAGUCGAAUAACACUCCGCAAUGCCAAGUCACGCUAUGAAGAUCGAGACCGUGAAGAUGCUGGGAACAUUCGAUAUGAGGCGGGCAUGUGCUACCUUCGAGGGCUCUGUUUCGCCAAGCAGAAUGCAUUCGAUAGAGCGCGCGACUGCUACAAGGAUGCGGUGCGGAUUGAUGUGCAGUGUUUCGAAGCUUUUGACCAGCUCAUGAAAAACUCGCUCAUGUCGCCUGCGGAAGAACUUGAAUUUCUUGAGUCGCUGGACUUUGACUCCAUAACAGGUGCCGACGCGCCAAUCUCGCAAGAAGCGGCCGACUUUACGAGAAUGCUGUACACCACUCGUUUAUCGAAAUACUCCUCUCCAGCGGUGCUUACCGAUGCCACUGAAACGUUAUCCACUCACUACAAACUGGCCGAGAAUCCGGACAUUCUCCUGUCUCGCGCGGAAGCUCUAUAUACCCAGUGUCGGUUUGCGGAAGCGCUAGAGUUAACUUCAUCGAUUCUUUCCACGUCCCGUUCCUCCUUAUCAGCCCAGACGACCGCAGGCCAAAACCACCUCGGUCACUCCCCCACUGUAUAUCCUCUACAUUUGGCCUGUCUAUAUGAAACGGGGGCAACAAAUGCACUGUUUCUCCUGUCUCAUACGUUGGCAGAUCACUCACCUGAGGAAUCAUAUACCUACUUAGCCAUUGGGGUUUACUACCUAUCAGUCGCAAAAAUUGCAGAAGCACGGCGUUUCUUUUCCAAAGCGUCUUUGCUGGAUCCACAUUCCGCACCCGCCUGGAUCGGGUUUGCUCACACUUUUGCAGCGGAAGGAGAACAUGAUCAGGCCAUUGCCGCAUACAGUACGGCUGCGCGACUAUUCCAAGGCAGCCAUUUGCCUCAGUUGUUUCUUGGCAUGCAGCACCUUGCGUUGAACAAUAUGUCUCUUGCCCAAGAGUAUCUGUGUGCUGCGUAUGCGAUGUCCACGGGAACAGCCACCGGCACAGUUCCGUCAAUACCCUCGUUGCCGUCGUCCGAGAUGUCGCCCCUGGGCGGAGAUCCGCUGGUGUUGAACGAGCUCGGUGUUGUGCUCUACCACCAGAAUCACUUGGAGGGCGCGGUGGAUUUAUUCCGCCAGGCGCUCGGCCUUGCGACAUCUCUUCGAUGCGAGCCAGGCGCCUGGGUUGCGACCCGAUCUAAUCUCGGUCAUGCAUUGCGUCGUUUAGGUCGAUACUCUGCGGCAUUGGAUGAAUUUGACGAGUGCCUACGAAUCGGGUCUAGUGGUGCAAGUCUUGGGUAUAGCCCGUUCCUUGGUGGAAGCGGAGGCAAUGCCUCUGGAGUGGCGUCAGCCGGCGUAAGUGGCUACGAGGAACGUGGGCUGAUUGGGUCAUUGUAUACUGCACGAGGGCUUGUUCUUUUGGAGAUGAACCGCACUCUUGACGCUGUCACAACCCUCCACGAGGCGGUGCGUGUGUUGGGGGCCAGUGGGGGUGGUGACGCUGCUGGUGGGGCGGGCGUCGCUGGGACCCUCCUUUCACGGGCGUUGGAGAUCUGGGCCUUGGAAACUCGCGAAACAGAAGCCGGGCUGUCAGAAGACGGCAAUCGGGCCGCUAAAAGCUCGACGCGAUCGCGCGACAAGGGCAAAAGCCGGGCUGCUCGACGGCGAAUAGCCGCGGACGACUCAUACGCAGAACAGUGGAUUGACGAGGUAACGGGUGGCGUCCCAACUGGCCUUGACUCUACGAACACUGUCGAUGAGACCAUUGAAAUGGAGCUGGAUCAAGACGCAGAGCGGCUCCUGCGUGAUUCCGUUGAGCAUAUUCGUGGAGGGCUUCGUGGACGUCGCGAGCACAUCCAUCAACCGCUCAGCAGCCCAGAAGUGGAGGCCCAGCAGGCACAGCCACGAAGUCGAGGGACGAGGACAGCACGUUCAUACCAGGCGCGAUCUUGA